UCUUCCUUUGUUAUUCAAAUACCCGUUUCGUGCUUUAACUACUGAAAGUGCAGCUAAGAUCAAGUUCUUUUUUGUCCAAAAACGGCAUUCUCGACACGUGCACGUGUUGUGUUUAUUUCGAUAUCUGAUCGAACGUCGAACGCGAGAAAAAGAACGACGUUCCGACGAUCCCAUCAGGGAGAAACCGCGAGAACACAUCCGCGCAGAGAGAGAUUGUCCGGCUAACGUUGGCUAGACCAAAAAAAUCGAUAAGGGAAGCGCGAGAGUCAGUAAAGGCGCACGCGUCAAGCUUUACUGAUGCGUGUCAGCUGUCCAGGUCGUAACUAAAAGCCAGACCAGAGAGAGAGAUAGUACAGGUGUUCGUCUCGCCGCGUCCGAAAUCUUCCCCAAUGUGGAUGCGCGAUCGAAUGGCUUAAAUGGCUUGCGACAGUCGCGCGAAGGUGUAUCUCGGAUACGAGGACGAAUACGUGACCGAGAAACAUCGGUCGCUGCUCAACUUCACGACAAAUAAGAUCGGCGGGCAUCCGAACUGUUACGGGAAGAGCACGUUGUCGCCGCCACAAUGCAGACUCUGCAGCCUGCAUCAACUUCUGGCGCUCCAACUUUACGCGCCGUUAGAUAAUUCCAAGUAUCACCGGACGCUGUACAUAUUCGCGUGUAUCAAUCCGAAUUGCUGGAAUCAAAAUGAGAGCUGGACGUGUCUGAGAAUACAGCAUCUGGAGGACGAAGCGAGGACGAGCGCGCCGGAAUCCGUCAACGUGCCGUCCACGACGUCCUGGUUGUCGGGCGAGGACGACUGGGGGGAUAACGUGAACGACAACGCGUCGGAACAAAACGGAAACAACAUGUUGAGGAACGAUCCUUUGCAAUUUCACUUUUCUCUGCACGAAGAAAUAGAUCAGGAGAUACGAGACGAAUUGUCCGUGCUACGUGUGGACGAUCCGAAUGCGAAUAGUCCGAACAGUGUGGAUUCUCCGGUGAGCGGAGGCGCCGUGGGUCGUUUGGAUUCUCCUCAGGCGUCCGCGGAGAUCGACGGUGACGAGAACGAGGUUGUGUGCAUCGACACGCCGACGCGGCCGCAAUGCGAUCUGAUCAGUUUGCUUCAAGAGAUGACGCCGCUGCCGCUGCAAAUCACAAACGCGGAGACGAACUACUCGUUCGUCGAGAUAUUCCUCGCGGUCGACGAGGAGGAUUACAGCUCGGACGUGUCCCAACACGUUCGGGAUCUGCUGGUCGAAUAUCAGCACAGCAAUCCGGACAACACGUCGACGAAGUACACCGAGUCCGGCAAUUCCAAAACCAUCGAGACGGAUGUGGAAAAGUACGAGAAGGGUAUUCCCAAGCACGGCGACGAGAUGUUUCAUAACUUCGUUUGCAGAAUACAGAGAAAUCCCGGACAGCUGCUGCGAUAUUCAAGAGACAAUUCCGCGCCGUUACUGCUGUAUCCACUGAGCGGUUGCAUCGGCAAGUGUCGGCAUUGCGGGGACGAGAUGACCUUCGAGCUGCAAGUACUACCGACGCUCAUACCGAAGCUGAUACUGAAUCCGCGUACCGAGCGGAGUUUUCAAAUCGAGUUCGGGACCGUUUUAAUAUACACCUGCGUCAGAAGCUGCUGGUCCGCGACCGACUCGUAUCGGGAGGAGCAUGUGGUUGUUCAAGCAGAGAGACUAUAGUCGUGAGGUAGCAAAAAAAAAAAAAAAAAAUAAAAAAGGAAAAAGAAAUUAUUACGAGUGAAGCUACUACGGUUCUUCCAGUGAUCCUAUAUAGAAUUUCAUAUUUACGCGUCUAGGACGACUAGUCAUGUUACGUCUUGUAGGAGAAUACCGUCCACCUCUUCGUAUAUUCAUCAAAAAUCCUAAAUAGCGAUCGAUGGUCAACACUUAGCAAAAAACAACAAAAAAAAAAAAAAAAAAAAAAAAAA